UCUUCCUAUUGAGUUCUCACAAGAACUACAACAACACGAGAGAGCAUCAAUCUAAAUCAACAGAUCAAGACAAGCAGCGAAUCCAUGGGAGCGGGGAUGAAGCGCGCCAGGGAGGAGCCAGUUGUGUCGCUGGCGCUGUCCCUCAGCACAGAGUCAUCAACGACAUCCACCGCGACGUCGGACAACUCGACCGGUGCACCGGCGACAAGGAAGAGGGUGCGGCGGGGGAGGGUGGUGGUGGCGUCGGGGCAGAGGGAGUUCGUGUGCAAGACAUGUGGCCGGGUGUUCGAGACGUUCCAGGCGCUGGGCGGGCACCGGACAAGCCACCUCUGUGGCCGCCACGGGCUGGAGCUCGGCGUCGCCGUCGCCAGGGCCAUCAGGGAGCAGCAAAGGCGCGAGGACAAGCAGCAACACGAUUGCCACAUCCGCGGGCUGGGCUUCGAGACAGGCCAGGCUCUCGGCGGCCACAUGCGGUGGCACCGCGAGGAGAUGGCGCUCGACCGGUGGGUCACGCUGUCGGAUCAAGAGGCGGGGCACCAGACCGCCGCCGACCGGCUGCCGGUCUUGUUCGAGCUAUUCGUCUAGUCUGCUAGUUGGCAGAUAGGCUCAUUAUCGUUCAACGUUGUAUAGAGUAUGUUUUCCCUGGUUAGCGUUCCCGUUUGCUUUGGAUCGGUACCUUUUUUAAUCGAUGGACGGGAGAUUUACAUGCAAUUUUUUUACAUGCACUUGUAAUCUUGUAUACAUAAUGAAUACACAUUCAUUUGUUCUAAA